AUGGAUUCAUACGACGAUUCCCAGCCUACACAGGCGACGCAGAACGUGCUAGACCCCCGACGAUUAGGCGAGCAAAAUUCCGGAUUCUCGGACGAGGAAAUAUCCGAUAUAAUCUGCCUUCUCGUGCCUUACUCGACGGCUGCAAGGCGCGAAGUGAAAAAGAACGCUGUCGGGAACUCGCCUCAUAUAAUAGGACGGAACGACGCUGCUCAGAUCGACGUGAAUUACGAGCUCGAAGACGACGCCAGCAACUUCAGCCUCGCGCCCCAGGAUGUUGGGGAGUACCAUAUUGCGCUGAGGUUUUCGUCCCAAGUCAAGAGCCCCUUGCAGGGCUUCACAUUCGGACGAAAUCCGGGUCGUUGCGAUAUCUGCUUGACAGAUGACCCCUUACGUCGACUAAGCAACAUCCACUUCCGGAUAUACUUUAAUGAAUUUUCCGUCUUGAUGUUGGAGGACCAGUCUACGAAUGGAACCAUAGUCGACGAUAAUCUCCUCAAGGCGAAGACGGCCAUUUCCCACGAAGCGAAGCGUACACUUGUCAGCGGCUCCAAGAUCAAAGUCCUCAUGCACGACAGCAGCAACGACCUCGUGUUCCUUGUACGAGUCCCACUCCUCGAGGGCAAGGUCCGCGAGGACUACAAGCGAAAUCUUCAAAACUAUAUGAACCGACGAGCGUCCCUGGUGCGUGAUGUGAACGCUACUAUCGUUCCAGGCCCCGGGGGACACGUCGACAUCUUCAGGCCUCUUCCGCAGAGGGGCGCGGCAACGCCGUGGGCCGAAGGUGUCAACCACCAAGUUAACAUUAAAGCGACGCCAGGCCCCAGCCACUUGGAUGGGCUCCAAAAAGCGUGGGCUGGGUCUGACAAGUACAAUCGUGUAGGUGAGAUCGGCAAGGGCGCUUUUGCUACCGUAUACAAGGUCACAUCAAAGUUCAAUGGGAACCCGUACGCAGCCAAGGAGCUCGACAAGCGCAAUUUCAUGAAAAACGGCGUCCUUGACCAGAAGGUUGAAAACGAGAUGAAAAUCAUGCAGAAAGUUGAGCAUCCACACAUUGUGAAAUACGUUGAGCACCUCGACUGGGACGAUAGGCUCUUCAUCAUAAUUAUGGAGUUCAUCGCAGGAGGAGAUCUGGGAAAGCUGAUAUCCGAUAACGGGCCGCUAUCCGAGAUCGAAACCCAGUCCAUGGCUAAGCAGCUGCUCGAUUCUCUCGACUACCUGCAUAAAAUGAAUAUUACUCAUCGUGAUGUAAAGCCAGACAAUAUUCUUGUCAGCUCUCGAUACCCCUUGGUCGUCAAGCUCACCGAUUUCGGGCUAUCAAAAAUGAUUGAUAACGAGGAGACGUUCCUGAGGACGUUUUGCGGUACCCUGCUCUAUUGCGCUCCCGAGGUGUACUCCGAGUUUGCCGAUUACGAUGAAUAUGGCCAUCGGCAACCCCGGAACCGACAUCAUCGCCCGCCUGUGCGUCAAAGGUAUGACCAGGCUGUUGACAUCUGGUCUUUGGGCGGCGUCCUCUUUUAUGUUCUGACCAAGAAGCCGCCUUUUCCGGCUAAAAAUGGCGCCGGCCACUCGGAGCUCCUUCACCAAAUCAUGACCAAGCCUCUGGAUGUGUCGCCUCUCAUCCAGGCCAAUGUCUCUGCUGAUGGCAUCGACUUUUUGUCUCGGAUGCUUGACCGGAGACCGGAGACGCGAGCUACAGUAGAGUCUCUCCAAGCCCAUCGCUGGGUUGGCGGUUCUGGCGCUGGUCCUCAGCUCAAUGCCUCGCAGUCAUACGAUGAGAUUUCUGACGAGGAACUACAUAUUGAGGCCUCCCAGUUGAGCUUAGCGGAAAGGCAAGACGAUGGCCACGGUGUCGGGCUUGCUCCGGGCAGCGACGACGAAAUUGUUGACGACGAUGAAACUGUCAAUGACGAGAACCAAUUCAGCGGCUACGAGUCUGAAAAGGAAAACUAUACCUUUGGGCCCGGGAACCAGCCGCAGCGGCUUUUUGGCGAAGUCAAUGUCUCAGCCCUUGGAAGCUCGGGUGUGAUUCCCGUCGAUCGAUUAAACCUCCCGCUCCCGAUGACGAGUUUUGCCUCGACUGAGAUACUGGGUAGCCAGCUUGAGAUACGUGACAGCUUUGAGUCGGAGGACAGCUCGACGCCUCGGCAGAAAUCUCAGACCUCACAGCCGCACCCAGGAAAUCCACGAGCAUCGAUAUCUUUAGGCGAAAGCAGGUCGGUUAACGCACUGAACAACAUGACGUUUGAUGUGGCGUCGCAGAGCUUGGGCGGGACCGAGUCGAUUCUCGAGCAUCUCAAUAUGAAAUCUCGUGGAGGCUCACUUCUCCGCUCCCAUACUAGUGAUAUGAAUACGAGCAAGCGGAAGCCGUCCUUCGACGCUACGGACGAGGCUGAAGCGCUUACGUUGCGAGACCGGCGUGUUCUCAAGAGGCUUCGGUCUGAGGGCUCAGUCGAUGUUGUUUCUAGCAACACCGCCGACGAGAGUGACUAUGAGCUGCUUGCCUUGGUCCCUCCGGUUGCUCGGGCUCUGUCUGGCCGCCAGAUCGACAGCCCUGUUCACAAAUCCACGUACUGGUUAGCAGCAGACAAGAGUACAUGGCAUCUGAUGUACCCAGAAAUGACGCAGCUCCAGCUCGACGCGUUCAAAGCAGCGGCGGUAAGCCGGGGUGAAGAGUUUGGACCUGGAAAGAGUCCCUUCUGGGACUUGGCAGUGAAGUACUUCCCAGCGACCCACUGUGAGGGUGUCACGAGCGGAGGCCGAGCGUCAGGUGAUGGUGGCACGGUACCGUCCACCGCCAGUGGCGAAUUGGCGUCGCAAGACAUUCCCGACACACAAGACCAAGGAGCAUGUUUUGCGAUGCCGUUACAGCCAGAUACUCGGGGGAAGCCUGCCGUCGCCUGUCUGCAAUCUUCUUCAGCAUCGGCUGUUGCCGACAUAUCUAUCUUGAUCACCGAGUCAAUGGUUUCGUGGGGCAGGGCAUCCGACAAUGUUCAACCAUACCCACUCAAGAACGAGGCCAAAGUACCCAAGUAUGCUUUCAAGAUUUUGCUUUGGAGGCCGGACUACGAACCAUCAAAGAAUAUCCGCCCCUGGAAUCACAACCGCGACACAAGUGAGGAGCCGUUUCACUUCUACAUAUCAACAAAGGCAACCAAGGGCAUCUACGUCAAUGGGGUGCAUUUGCCCUCGGAUAACUGCAAAUACGCGGCUGGGCCUUGUACCUACUGGUUCCGGCUUCACGACCAAGACCGGGUAGUUGUUUGGCAAACCAUCGACGCAUCGUAUAGGACAGAGCUCACUUUCCGGUGUGAUUGGGGAGCGAGUGCGGAUAGGCGGCCCUCGCAAGGCGAUUCAUCCAGACCGAUCCUGGUCCCACAAGCCAUUGCCAAGAAGCUCGACGAAAUGUGCAUAAGGGCGGAGAAGAAGAUACGUAACCGGACCGAGCACGAUCUCAAGUUAGACGAAGCCAACCAUGAUGUUGAUGAGCGGGAGCUCAAUAUCGAGCGCGAGAGGGAGCGUUCGAGCAUUUUUGAACGGAUGAGGCAGGAGGCGUGCCGAGCUCUGGUCUCGAAGACUCGAAGAAAUAGUCCAGCCGGCGGUCCAAGCGACCAGUCAACUACCCAUGACGCCUGGACGUCAUAUUUGACUGGUGGUCGCACUGUGGCAACCUUCCGACACGCCUCUCCGAGCACCAUCGAUUUGUUGAGGGGCGCCAGACGAGGCUGA